AUGAAAUUCUCUACUGUCCUAUUAUCUGCCGGUUUGGCCUCGACCACUCUGGCCCAAUUUUCUAACAGCACCGCUGCUUCUUCCACCGAUGUCAGCUCCUCUUCAACUUCCUCCAGCUCAGUGAUCAUCACAUCCUCUGAAGCUCCAGAAUCUGAUAACGGUACCAGCACAGUUGCUCCAACUGAAGCUCCAACUGAAGCUCCAACCACUGCCCUUCCAACCAACGGCACUUCCACCGAGGCUCCUACUGAAGCCCCAACCACUGCUCUUCCAACAAACGGCACUUCCACUGAAGCUCCUACUGAGGCUCCAACCACUGCUCUUCCAACUAACGGUACCACCUCAGCUUUCCCACCAACUACAUCUCUACCACCAAGCAACACAACUACUAUCCCUCCUUACAACCCAUCUACUGAACUCACCACCGAGUACACUGUGGUCACUGAAUACACUACCUACUGCCCAGAACCAACCACUUUCACCACGAAUGGUAAGACCUACACAGUCACUGAGCCAACCACAUUGACCAUCACUGACUGUCCAUGUACUAUUGAAAAGCCAACCACCACAUCGACCACCGAGUACACUGUGGUCACUGAAUACACCACCUACUGCCCAGAACCAACCACUUUCACCACGAAUGGUAAGACCUACACAGUCACCGAGCCAACUACAUUGACCAUCACUGACUGCCCAUGUACUAUUGAAAAGAGUGAAGCUCCAGAACCUUCUAUCACCGUUACCGAAUCAAAGGGCGCUACUACCGAACCAUCCACUGCUAAGCCAUCUACUGCCAAACCAUCUACCGGUAAGCCAUCUACUGCUCAGCCAAGUGUAACUGUCUCCACGGUUGCCCCAGUUUCACCAUCUGCCUCUUCUCACUCCAUCGUCAUCAACAGCAACGGUGCUAACGUCGUCGUUCCAGGUGCCUUGGGUCUUGCCGGUGUUGCUAUGUUGUUCUUAUAA